UCUCUCUCUCUCUCUCUCUCUCUCUCUCUCUGAGAAAACACAGGUUCUUGCUUCCAUUUGCUGAGGUUGCGGUUGUGGCGUAUUUGAUCAGUAAUGGGGAGGAACAACAGCAGAAACAUACAAGCCAAACUGGUGCUUUUGGGGGACAUGGGAACAGGGAAAACAAGCUUGGUCCUAAGAUACAUCAAAGGCCAAUUUCAUGACUUCCAGGAGUCGACGAUCGGAGCAGCGUUUUUCACUCAAGUCGUGCCAUUAGAGACAAUGGCUGUGAAGUUCGACAUAUGGGACACGGCAGGGCAAGAGAGGUACCACAGCCUGGCUCCCAUGUAUUAUCGAGGUGCUGCAGCUGCUGUCGUCAUCUAUGACAUCACUAGCACGGAUUCCUUUGCUCGAGCUAAACAAUGGGUUGAAGAAGUGAGGAGACAAGGAACCCCAAAUCUCGUGAUGUUCAUAGUCGGUAACAAAGCCGAUCUUGAAGCUAAAAGAAAAGUCGGCACCGAGGAUGCGGAACAAUAUGCUCGAGAAAACGAGAUGGGAUUUCUGGAGGCAUCGGCCAAAACUGCUCAGAAUGUGAACGAGCUCUUCUACGAAAUUGCGAAGAGAGUCGCAACGGCUAACCCUCGGAGAAAUAAGGGAGUAGAACUACGGGCUCGGCCGGAACAAAGAGGGAUGAGGUUCUGUUGUUCGUAAGCUCAACACUCUUCAUGUGGAUUCAGCUUACAAAGGGAUUAUGAUGGUGUAAACUUGAAAUGUGGGUCCUCGAACUUAGUCUCGUGUCCGUAGCCAUGAAGUAUAUGAGAUACUCUUUGUUGAAACUCUAUUUUAUCGGUAAAUUUGUGAAAAUAAUCGUCCCGUAAUCGAUAUUUGUAAGAACCGAACCGAACCGAAGCCAUUUAAAUUCGAUAGCUGUUCAGUUA